GCUGAGCAGAAGCUCCAUGAUCCAGUCCAAGUAAAUGUUGGUCCAAGUGGAGGAGCAAGGUUUCUUGCGUGUGGCCUAUUUUUCUGCUCCGAACCACAGUCGAGUCCACUAUCAUGAUAAUAACGAGUCUGUGUUCAUGGUGUUUCAGUUGAUUUCACCUCAGGGCUCAGGGGUCAGGUAAAGACUCUGCUCUGCAGUUGCUGCACUUACCGAUAUUUUCAGGCGCUAGGCAUGGCAAACAUACUAGGCUAGAGGAUCCAGCACCCUCCCGGGAUCCCCCUAGCCAUCGCUGCUACGGUGUGGUGUGGAGCUGCUAGUGCUACGCAUGUCGCUUGUCUCAGUCAGUAGGUCUACGAGAAGAGUGCACUGACUAGUGACUGUAGUGUAGAUCGACUAGUAAUCUCUCUCUCGGAUUGCAACACACGUAAGCAGUACAUAGUAACGUUGCACAUCCGAGGAGAACGAAGUCUUGGAGCUGGAAAACUUCGAAAAAAUCGAUCGACGAGUGAGCAGUUCCCACGCCCAGCGCGCUACUCACUAUCUACCUGAUCUACGGCCGGUGGCAGUAGACUCUACAGCACGGGUUGUAUCACCACAGUGGCAGCCGCGCCGCAGUUGAGGAUUGCAUUUGCACUACAUGUACGAUCGCACAGUCAGCGUUUUCCGCAGUGAUAGCUAUCUACCCUCGCACUCGCAACAUGGCGGCUACUGCUGCUGCUGCUGCUGCUGCUGCUGCUGCUGCUGCUGCUGCAAUGGUGUCGCGCAGUGGGCCAAGAGUGACUCGGGGAACUCGUUUUCACUGCUGCUUGUGCAGUUGUGAGUUGGCUUGUGCCCCACUCUUGUCCUGUCUGCACUCGAUCUGCAUGGGGUGCCUAGCUGAGGUUAUGGAUAAGGAUGGACGUGUAUGCUGCCGCACAUGUCAAUAUGUGAGUGAGGUGGACGCCGACAGACUGCCUCUAGAUGUUUUUGCGGCCGACCGUGUGACGUUAAAGCGGCUGCUGGACACAAGCAAACAGCCGGUGUGUGACGACUGUGGCGAGGAAGCUGAUGAGCCGGCUAGUCACUUGUGUGCCGACUGUGGACUAUUCCUGUGUGAUGUGCAUCAUGCCGGGCAUUCCAAAGGCAAGCUGACACGGGGCCACAGUAUGCAACCUAUCGCGAAACUCCGACGGACCAAAGUACGCCACUUGGCAGCAGAAGGACCAAACAGAUCUUGCCAGCCGGAUUUGGCCUCGGUAAGAAGACAACCAACCUGUGCAAUUCACCCGGGCAAAGAAAUCCAGCUGUACUGUACGACAUGCAGACUGUGCAUAUGCCACGACUGUUCAUCGUUGAAGCAUUCCGCACAUAAUGUGUCCUUUAUAUCACAGGUCCCUUGCAACACGGAAUUAGAUAAGCAGCUUCUAAAAGCGAAACAAUGGGCAGAGAAAGUCGAGACCGCUUUGACUGAUGUCCAAAAGCAUCAAGACGGCCUAACGGCCGAUUUUCACUCGGCUAGUUCUGCCAUUGACAAAGCUGGUGAAGAGGCAAGGAAGGCCCUUGACAAGCGUUUAGAAGAGCUCCGAGCUGAUGUUGACAGUCUCUACAUCAAGAGGAGCAAGUCACUAGAGUCCAGGCAUAACCAGUUGGAGGCACUCCGUGAGGGGCUUACAUUCGCAUCAGAGUUCACAGAGUACAAUGCUGCCAAUGGUAGUAACACACAAUGCUUGAUGAUGAGGCGAAUUGUGGGAAAUCGGUUUGACGGGCUCAGCAAUUCAGCACAGAGUAUGAUUGAUAGUCCAUCUCCAGUAAAGAAGCCUCUCUCAAAUCUUGGCUGGAGAGUUCAGCCUGCUAAAGCUGCUGCGCUUGUUCCUCGUAUUAGAGCUUCCCUCGACACGCACCAGCUAGUUGGGAGCAUAGCUUCAUUUGGGUCUGUGUACACGUAAAGCCUACACGCCUUGUAUUCUAAAUGAACUGUACUGAACUACACACCUUUUUGUAUUCUAAAUGAACUGUACUGAAAGGUGGUCAGCCAGUGAACUAAUUCCUGUGCCAUGACUAUUAUA